AUGAAAACAUUAACUUCAAUUACGAAAAAUAUAGUCCUAACCACGAAAAAAAGGGUUGGCCCUGCAAUUCCCUCUGUUAAAACAAAGAAGAAAGAUGUAGUUAAGAACAAAACAAUUCAAAGCACAAACAAAAAAUCAAUAUCGAUAUAUAAAUGGAAUGACCUAAAUAAAUCAAUAAACAAAGUUUAUAGAUACCCAACAGAUGGUGAAAUUAAUGAAGCAAAUUAUUUUUUUAAUAGUAGUAAGGUAGACUUUGCUUGGGCAAAUUCAGAUCCUGAUAAAUUAUUUUCUUUAAUAGACAGAAUUAAGCACCCUAAACCAGAAGUACUCUUCUUAGGUCGUUCUAACAGUGGUAAAUCUACACUUUUGAAUAAUAUUGUGACAAACUUACAUUCUAAUAGUUUAGAUCGAGUAGCAAAAGUUUCUAAAAAGACAGGUUUUACUAAGACUUUGAAUUGCUUUACUAUUGGAAAUAAAUUAAAUAUUAUUGAUACCCCAGGUUAUGGACAAAAUAGUAGUGUCGAUCAAGGUGAUUUAGUAAUGAAGUAUCUUAAACAGCAAAAAGCACUCUGUAGAGUGUUUCUGUUGAUUUCAGCUGAGAAAAGUAUCAAUAAGUGGGAUAGUAGUAUGAUAGAUUUUUUGUCGACGAAUAGAAUAGCUUAUGAUCUUGUAUUUACGAAAAUUGAUAAGAUUAAGCAUCUUGACUCAUUCAAAAAAGAAUUGAAAGAUCAACGAUUGGAUGAGUUGCCAAUUUUCCCUAGGUUAAUAUUAACUAAUUCAGAAACAAACAAAAAAUGCUUAAAACGGUACGGUGUUGAUUUUUUACGAUCAGUAAUAUUAGAAAGCUGUAAUUUAAGUAAGAAGAAAUUGUAA